ACACACACACACACACACACACACACACACACACACACACACACACGCUCGAGUACUUUAACAUUACAUCUGCAGUUUGCAUCAUUUUUUAAGCGUUGAUUGUUGUCGAAGUCGACUUUUGCAGCAGUUGAUUCUGAUAUUAAUAUAAGAGCUCUGUUUUGAUCAUUCACUGUACAGUUAUUAAUCUAUAACCGAGAGGGUUUGACAGCGGCGUCUGGUUCAUCAAGCAGUCUGACUCAAAGUUUGAGCUCUCCAGAUCUUCAUGUUGGUGUUCGAGCAUCCAUUUGCGGAGGGCGUGGCUUUAAGAAACCCUGAUGAUGUCAUGCAGUCAGCCAGUGCUGCUGUCGAUCAUCUUCUGGCCCCGCCCACAUCUCUUACUAUAAGCAGUUUUGAGAAGGAGGGCGGGGCGGUUGCAAGCCCUUCCUUAUUAUGUGACCACGCCCCUCAAAGCGCUCCGCCUCUGGCUCCUCCCCUUCCUCCGCCCUUUCCCGUGAGAAACCCUGCGGAGAGGAAGAGGAGGGUGAGGAGCUUCUACUGGAAGCCGAUUCCUGAAGACCGUGUCAAGCAGCAGCGGACCGAACCUGUGGAGCAGCAGGGAUCCGUUCCACAUCGACAUCCGAGCCAUCGAAGAGCUGUUUGGACACGAGGACACGCCCUCCUUCAGCGCAAGCGGUGUGAUUGGACGAGAAGACACGCCCCUGUGAGACGCCUCAGACUGCAGAUCCUGGACUCCAAGAGAAGCCUGAAUAUCUCUAUUUUUCUGAAACACUUUAAAAAGUCCUGUGAGAGUCUUCUGGAUGAUGUUCUUCAUGGAAACACAGGUGUCUUCAGCGUGGAGUCUCUCAGAGAGCUGCUGAAGCUCCUGCCGGAGGAGGACGAGGUGAAGAAUCUUCAGAUGUUCAGUGGGAAUCCUGAAGACCUGGCGCCGCCUGAUGCCUUCAUACACAAGCUCAUCCAUUUGCCCAGGUAUGAGGUCCGUCUCGAGGCUCUGCUGUUAAAGGAGGAGUUUUUCCCUUCAUACACUGCUAUGAAACACGACAUGAGCGUCAUCCUCAGCGCCAUUAAAGAGCUGAUGAGCUGUGAGGAGCUUCACAAUGUCCUUCAUUUAGUUCUGCAGGCGGGAAACAUCAUGAACGCUGGUGGAUCUGCUGGUAUUGCCGUGGGCUUUAAACUCUCAUCUCUCCUGUUACUGGCCGACACUAAAGCCAACAAACCUGGAGUCAGCCUGCUGCACUUUGUCGCUCAGGAGGCUCAGAAGAAAGAUCUGCUCAUGUUUCCAGAGGAACUUCAGCGUGUUCAUCAAGCGGCGCGAGUGUGUGUUGACAGCAUCCAUGAAGAGUUUAACACCCUGACCAGAAGAGUUGAUCAGUUACAGCAGAACGUCCAAACAGAUGAUGAGCUCCUGACGCAGCUGCAGUCCUUCCUAGAGAGUGCUGGAGGAGCUCUGGAGGAUUUGAAGGUCAGUAUUGACGAGGUUCAGAAGGAAGGAGACGCUCUGAUCGAUUUCUUCUGCGAGGACCGAGACGUCUUCAGACUGGACGAGUGCUUCCGAAUUUUCCAGACUUUCUGCUCCAGAUUCAAAAAAGCAGUUCAGGAGAACGCGGAGCGAGGAAUGUGGGAGGAGUCUCGGCGCAGUCGUCUGAAGGAGUCAGAGGACAAGCGCCACUCGUGGGCGGGGCAUGAAGAUGGGGGCGGGGCCUCCAGCUUGCAGUCCAAUAGCCAAGCUGAUGUGGCGGCAGCAUUAAAGAGGGAGGGGUUUCUGCAGCUGCUCAAGACAAGCUGUCACAGUCCUCGUCACUCACCCCAACACGAGAGCGUGACCUUUGACCCCUGUGGAUCGGAUACACUCGUACUUCCUCCGAUACAGUCGCUCUCCAUCACAAACACGACAGAGGAGCCGGAGAUCCAAAAUAAGAGUCUUUCCACACAGGAAGCGCAGAACAACGACCUUCAAACACAAAGCCAGGAAACAUCUUCAAGCGUGAACUCUGACGCUUCACAGGUCAUUCUAGUAUCAAAACCAGAGGUUAUUCAUGAAACCAUGUCUACAAAAGAGCCAAUCAAAACCAGCGCUGGAGUGAAACAGCCAAUCAGCAAACGAACCUUAAGCUCUAAAAACAGAGCAACUCUUUCUGCGAAAUCACCUUCACCUUCCACUAAAGCACCAUCAUCACCAUCAUCAUCAUCAUCAUCCCCUAAAUGUGUGUCCUCCUCUGAAACGGCGAGUUUGAGGAAGCUCGUUCCUCUCCGGCAGGACCACAGUUCUUCAGUCCUCAGCCGCGCAAAGAAGACGCAAGCGUUUCGUCCGGAGGAGAAGAUGUGUCGCGUUACCCUCGAUCGUCCCAGUCCUCAAACCUCGGUCAAACCGCUCAGCUUCGCCCGCAACACCGUGGCCUCAACGAGUCGCCGCACCAGUGCUCCGGGACAGCAGGCUAAAGCAGCUCCGCUCGGUCUCUCUCAGGUCCCUAAACCUCCUGCAGGAACGGUCCGGCCGCCGAGGAAGAGCAGCGCCGCCACUGAAAGCUCAGCGCUUGCUCGAGGGUCACGUGAUAAAGGUGUUCAGCCCACGUGGAGGUAGAGAGACGUUAUGCUAGCACUGUUCAAAGGUUUGGGCUUUUUAAACCAAGACUGCAUUUACCUGAUCAGAAACACUCGUUUGGUAAUAUCUGUAAUUUAUUACUCUUCAGUGUCACAUGAUCCUUCAGACAUCAUUCUAAUAUAUUGAUGCGUCGCUCAAGAAACAUUUCUGAUUACUAUCAAUAACAGUCAUAUUUUAGUGGAAACUGUGAUGCAUACAUUUUUUUUUUAAUAUUCACAGAUAAAUUGAAACAGCGUUGAUUUGAAACAGAAAUCUUUUGUAACAUUAUAAACGUCUUACUGUCAGUUUUAAAGAUCAAUUUAAUGAUCCUCGAUGAAUAAAUGUAUUCAUUCAAUCUCACCGACGUCACACUUCUGAACAGUAGCUUUAAUUAAGAAUCUUUUUUAUUAUAAUUUAUAUAUUUUAUUAUUUUUAAUUAAUUGUGUAAUUUAUGCUCUUAUUUAUCUUAUUAAGAUUGUACAUUGCCCAUAAACUUAAUUAAUUAAAAAGGAAAGUAUAGAUGAUUUAUACAUACAGCUUCAUACUUGUUUGAAGCAAAUAAAUGUUCAUUAAUAAACUUGCCAAUGAUUAGCUUUUUU